GAUAUUAACUCGAGCUCUCAAACGCCGCGUAGAGAAUCAUCGAGCCCCUCCGCUCUCUGAUAACAGUUUAAGGCAAAGGACGGACAGCAGGCAAUACCGUUCGACGUAAUUUAUCAAGUAUAGUUGCCGUCAAGGAUCCAUCGUUGGUGCAAUCGGCAACGAAAGCCCUCACUUCGAACGCUUCGCUCCGAGCUUUCGUGUCUUUGGCCCCGAAAAGUGGUUUUUUUUUUUUAAAGAACUCCGAGGGCUGCACCGGAAACGAAACAUCUUUCGAAAUUCACAGCUCGCGGCUACUUUCAGCCGGAAAACACAAAAAUGGAAAACUCGACAGGGGAAACGGUAAACUUGCAGAUCAUCAGUCAACAAGAAUCGUACAAGUCGACCGCUCAGACCGAGAAUUCCGGCGUCGCGGACUCGAGGACCACGGUCCAGGAUGCCGGACCGUACGAUCCGCACAAGCACCGCAACCGUCCAGCUCCGACUUCGAACACGGAGACCCUGAUUCACAUGUUGAAAGGCAGCCUCGGAACGGGUAUUCUGGCGAUGCCGAAUGCAUUUUACAACAGCGGACUAAUAACCGGUGUCAUAGCGACAGUUAUAAUCGGUAUUUUGUGCACGUAUUGUUUGCACGUGCUCGUUAAGGCUCAGUACGAGCUGUGCAAGCGGUUAAGAGUGCCUUGCCUCACUUACCCGGAGAGUAUGAAGUGCGCUCUGGAGCAGGGGCCGCACAGCAUCCGAUGGUUCGCCCCCUACGCGCCAGGCAUCGUAGACGCGUUUUUGAUAGCCUAUCAACUAGGAAUCUGUUGCGUGUACAUUGUAUUCAUAGCGACGAACAUAAAGCAGGUUGCCGACGAGUACUGGACCCACCUGAGCAUAGAGAUCCACAUGCUGAUUCUCCUGGUGCCGUUGACCCUGAUCAAUUACGUGAGGAACCUGAAGCUGCUGGCGCCGUUUUCAACGGUUGCGAACGUCAUCACGUUCAUCGGACUCGGGAUGAUCCUGGCUUACGUAUUCGACGGAUUGCCGCCGUUGAGCGAACGCGAAAUGGUCGGUUCCCUCAGGAACUUUUCCCUCUACUUCGGAACGACUUUGUUCGCCCUGGAAGCCGUUGGCGUGAUAAUUGCGCUGGAAAACAACAUGAAAACGCCCGAAAACUUCGGGGGCACCUGCGGAGUCCUAAACAAGGGGAUGACCGUAAUCGUAAUCCUGUACGUCGUCGUCGGCUUCUUCGGCUACAUAAAAUACGGAUCCGAGGCAGCCGGCAGCAUCACCCUCAACCUGCCGACCCACGAAGUGAUGGCCCAGUGCAUCAAAAUCAUGUUCGCCUUCGCCAUCUUCAUAACGUACGGCCUCCAAGGUUACGUGCCGGUUGAAAUAAUUUGGAACACUUAUCUCGAGCAUCGCAUCGUCAAGAACAAAGUCCUCUGGGAAUACGUUUGCAGGACUCUCGUCACUCUUGUAACAUUUGUCCUCGCGAUAACGAUACCGCGUCUGGGAUUGUUCAUCUCGCUGUUCGGAGCGCUGUGUUUGUCCGCCCUGGGGAUAGCGUUUCCGGCGAUCAUCGAGAUCUGCGUAAUGUGGCCGGACAAGCUGGGACCGUGGAGGGUUUUCCUGACGAAGAAUAUUCUGCUCAUCUUGUUCGGCGUGGUGGGGCUGGUCGUUGGCACUUACGUGAGUCUGGUCGACAUCGUUAAUUCUUUUGCAACACCGAGCAACGCUACCGAGGCGAUUUCGAAUUUGACGAGCGUUUCAUGAAGCCUCCACGAGGGGCGGAGCCGUCGACGUUUCACGAGUUUUCAACGCACACAGCUUCAUACUUAAGUCACAGAAAUGCCUCGCCUCGUAAUCGUUUGACGCACUCAAAAUUGCGCUAGCGCGGUGCGUCACAUUCUCACGAUUCGAAGGAUCGAAGGUCGGAAAUUAUUACUCGGGAACGGACGCGUCGAGGGUGAAAAUCCACCCCCCGGUUCGAGAGCUUCCGCGAGCAAAAAUUUCAUCGAGCGAGGAUUGUUUCGAUCGGUGCGAAAACUCCGCCCGCAACUCACUCGAAAAGAUUUUUGCUCGAGAAGCGUUCGAGAGACCUCGUAGCGAGGGGCACUUUGCUGCCGAAGGAUAGCAAUUUGAAAAAAUAUAAUUUAUGAGCUUUUCGGUAUGAGAAUUCGAUUAGCAGCGAGACGAUGAGAAAUAAUGAAUUAGUGCCUUAAAUUUGAACGUCGUAGUCGUAGACUCAGUCGAAUUGUACAGAGAAACUUGGCAGCAGGUUUUAGUAUACAAAGUUAAAAUAAUUGUAGUAUACACCGUUACGAUAGAAUUGGAGGAUGAUACAGUGGCGAGUGCUCUGCGGGUGAGGUGCCAACGUUUGAAAUUGCUGGACAAUUUUCUACCAGGAAAAUGAGACUAAAUAAUUAAAAAACGCAGCCGAAAAGGUCACGCGACUUCGUGACACACGCGUUGUGCCAUAUUUUCAGUGCUGACCGUCGCGCAACCAUUGAAAACUCCUUUUUAUUCUUAAUCUUGAAUGUUGACAGGUUGUGUGUUUGUGUUUGCGUUUGUGCGUGUGCGUGUGUAUUUUGGAGACGAUUGACUCUCGCAUUAUGUCGCGUGAAACCUUGAAACAUCAAGAUAAAUAUUUGUUUACAUGGGUUUUCGCGAAAUGGUUGUAUCGCCGACCGCUCAAUGUCCGUCGACGUAGCCGCUACGUUGCCGGAAGUUUAUUAACACACCGAAAAACCCUCCGUCGCACGCGCGAGGCAGUGAGAGAUUGAAAAAUAAAAAACGACUGGAGGAGCUCGGACCUCCUCGGAAGACGGAUUUAAUUUUACACGCUCCUUUUUUAAUUUUCUCUCGACCAAUCACUCAAAAAUUAGCCACAAUUGCUUCGGUGGCGCGCGUGCGAUGGACGGUUGAAAGUCCGCUUGGCUGGUGCACCGGCGCCGAAAAUGAAUCAGAAAAAACUAAAAACGUCUCAGGAACAGUUGAACGCUUUAACUGCAACUCAACGACGCAAUAUUUGUUUUCCUUUCGAUAGACAAUUUUAUAAUUUGCUGUUCGUGUUAUUUGCUCGAUGAAAACGGAAUCGAGGCGGAGAAUAUCGGCCAGGCAAGACACGGAACCAAAGAGGCUUCGAGUGAACCACCAACUGCGCGAAUCUUAAGUUAGGUUUUAUUGACACUGCCAUUUAUACGUUGGAACUGCGCGUGUAAGAUUUCGUUAGGAUUCACCACACGCACAUUAUAUUAUAUGCUACUCUAGGCGUUCCAAUAUCGGAAGGAUUAUAUGCGUAUACGAUGUUAUUUAACUUUGAAAUGUUGUUAUUUCGUUGAAAGUCUAAGCAAGGAUUCGAUUGACAAAAACGACGCAAACGUCGCGGCCCCAAAUCGGCUCUUCAGACCUGGAUUUGCGCACACUAAUUACAUAAAUCUUCCUGAAUAAAUGUGGCACAAAAAUGCAACGAAAAUUAUUAUAAAAACUGCUUCUUGCUAUGAGAUUCAGGAAAACGAUGAUUCUCUUCGAACUUUUCGAUUAUUUAACCAGAAUUCAAAACUAUAAAUGUAUAGCAGUGCUAACGUUAUUUCAUAUUUUAUCCGGAAUGAUUUGUCCUAUUAUACUUUCGUGUAUUAAUUUAUUGUAAAGUAUAUUUUUCAAUAAAAAUAAUGUUGUUUGAAA